UGGGUUGCCAUUUCCUUCUCCAAUGCAUGAAAGUGAAAAGUGAAAGGGAAGUCGCUCAGCCAUGUUUGGUAGCAGUUGCCAAAAUAAGUUAAUAUUCUUCAUAUGUAAAGAGCUCUUGUGAACAAAUAAGAGGAUAAAACCCCAAGGGCAGAGUGAAUAGAUGGCAUGAAUGGACAUUUUGGAAAAGUGCAAUUUCAAAUAACCAGUGCACACAUGGAAAAAAUAGUGGACCUCAUUAGUGCUCAAAGAGAUGCAAAUUAAAACAGCAACACUACGCUGUCUUGCUGGACAGAUUUUCCCUGAGAUAGAGCCUUACAGUGACCGAGAUGCAGGGCAACUAUGCAGGUGAUCCGCCAUUGGGUUCAGAAACUGACGGGCAAGUUUGUAGCUUGGUGUGGCAAAAUGUAUCAAAAAUGAUAAAAGAAGGUAUCAACUUUGAGAAAUUUAUCAGGGUCUUUUUGGGUGGGGGGUGCAUACCAAAAUGCAUGUGGGAUCUUAGUUCGCCCACCAGGGAUUGAGCCUGCACCCGCUGCAGUGGAAGCUGGAGUCUUAACUACUGGGCCACUAGAAAGUCCCUAAUAAAUGGCUUUGUUUCCUUUUUUUUUUUUUUUUUUAAAGUAGUGGAAUGAAACUAAAUGAGCAGCAGUAUGUGAUUCAUUAGCAUUUGGCAGGUCAAUUCAUGCAAUGCUUGGCAGCUGCAAAAACUCCCCGGAGAGGAGAAUUCUGUGAUGUGGGAAAGUGUGCACGAAGUGUUCUCACUGUAUGAAAGGAACAGAUUACAGAAUGGGCUGGAUUCUGGACGGCAUCCCCGAGACGCGGGAGCAGGCUCUGACGAUCCAGACCCUUGGCAUCUCCCCGAGACACGUCAUCGUGCUGAGCGCUCCAGACACCGUCCUGAUUGAGAGAAACUUGGGGAAGAGGAUCGACCCUCAGACUGGAGAGAUCUAUCACACCACCUUCGACUGGCCCCCCGAGUUGGAAAUCCAGAACCGACUAAUGGUGCCUGCAGGCAUCUCCGAGGGGGAGACGGCGCGGAAGCUACUCGAGUAUCACAGGAACAUCGUCAGGAUCCUCCCCUCGUACCCCAAGAUCCUGAAGGUCAUCAGCGCCGACCAGCCCUGUGUGGACGUCUUCUACCAGGCUCUGACCUACGUCCAAACCAGCCAUCGAUCCAAUGCCCCGUUCACCCCAAGGGUGCUGCUUUGUGGGCCCGUGGGCAGCGGGAAAAGCCUGCAGGCCGCCCUCCUGGCCCAGAAAUACGGCCUCAUCAACGUCUGCUGUGGGCAACUGCUCAAAGAAGCCGUGGCGGACAAGUCCAAAUACGGCGAUUUGAUCCAGCCAUUUUUCGAGAAGGACAUAGCAGUCCCCGACAACAUCAUCAUGAAGGUGCUGAAACAGCGCCUGGACCAGCAGGACUGCGUUGAGAGAGGGUGGGUGCUGCACGGCUUCCCGCGAGACCUGGACCAGGCGCACACGAUGGACAGCCUGGGCUACAAGCCCAACAGGGUGUUUUUCCUGAAUGUGCCAUUCGAUUCUGUCAUCGAGCGGCUGAGCCUGAGAAGAACUGACCCCGUCACAGGAGAAAGGUACCACCUCAUGUACAAGCCACCUCCGACCAUGGAAGUCCAGGCCCGUCUCCUGCAGAAUCCCAAGGAUUCGGAAGAGCAGAUCAAGCUCAAAAUGGAUCUGUUCUACAGGAAUUCCGCUGAGCUGGAGCAGUUCUACAGGGACGCCAUCACCCUCAACGGGGACCAGGACCCGUACACAGUCUUCGAAUACAUUGAGAGUGGGAUCAUUAAUCUCCUACCCAAGAAAGUCCCCUGACAGGUUCUGAGCUGGGAGCAUCCCUCAGAAAGACGGAGUUAGCCCCUCACCCCCAACCCUCUGGAAGAUCAGCCAAGCCAAUAAAGUGCUGGGUGCAGUC